AUGGCUCACCCUUAUGAACCCUGGCUACGUACAGCACCAUCUAGUGGCAGCUCAGAGGACAUGAACAUCUCCCCCUGGUGGGACCUUCACACUGGGCCUGGGAGCUGGAUGGACUUGCAGGCAGGGCAGGGUGUACCGUUGCCUGCAGUGGGUGCAGGGAACUCUAUGGGACUUCAACCCUCUUUGGCACCUUAUGGCUCUGAAUCCCAACUGUGCACCCUGCCCCCAGCCCAGCUGGCCCCAGUCUCCCACUCCUCUCACCUCUACCCCCAGGACGGCUUCAAGAUGGAGCCGAUGGCCCCUGAAAUGCUGCAGCCGGAGCCGUUCUCUCUGGAGGAGCAACAGGAGAGUGCUGCCUCAGCUAGACCUAAGCCCCAGCGCCGAUCCUCCUCCAGAGGGGCUGGCCAGGCCGUGUGUCGCUGCCCCAACUGUGUUCAUGCUGAACAGCUGGGUCAGGGCACUGAUGACGGCAGGGGGAAGCACAUGCAUAACUGCCACAUCCCCGGAUGUGGCAAAGCGUACGCCAAGACCUCCCAUCUGAAGGCUCACCUCCGCUGGCACAGCGGCGACCGGCCAUUCGUCUGCAACUGGCUUUUCUGCGGCAAGCGGUUCACUCGCUCUGAUGAACUGCAGCGCCACCUACAGACACACACCGGCGCCAAAAAGUUCAGCUGCGCCCUCUGCCCCCGAGUGUUCAUGCGCAACGACCACCUGGCCAAGCACAUGCGCACUCACGAGUGUCCGCCGGCGCAGGACGAGGAGAGGGUCAACGGAGAAGGAAGACUGGAUAAGGGUUUUGAGACGCCUACGCCGCCUCAGUCGUCGUCCCAUGUAUCUGACGUCACAGAGCCGCCGCUUAAACUGAAAUGCGAGACAGACCCCUCGGUCUCAAGUGUAACCGGCCAGUCCAGCUAA